UGCUCCGUGUAUUAAGUUAAAGUUAGCUUAUUGAUAUUUGUUGUGGUCAGAUAAGCUGGGUGAGAGAAGAGAGCAGGAGAUCAAUGGAAAGCCAACAGCACAAGGAGAAGAAGAUGAAGAUACUUUGCCUCCAUGGAUUUAGAACCAGUGGGAGCUUUCUGCAAAAGCAAAUUAGCAAAUGGGAUGCUUCUAUCUUCUCUCAGUUUGACUUGGAUUUUCCAGAUGGUAUAUUUCCUGCUGGAGGAAAAUCCGAUAUAGAAGGCAUCUUCCCACCACCUUACUACGAGUGGUUUCAAUUUGACAAGGACUUCACAGAGUACACAAACUUGGAAGAAUGCAUCACUUAUUUAUGUGACUACAUAACAAGCAAAGGUCCUUUUGAUGGUUUGCUUGGUUUUUCCCAGGGUGCAACACUAUCAGGACUCUUGUUGGGCUACCAAGCUCAGGGAAAGCUGUUGAAGGAGCAUCCACCUUUCAAGUUUUUUAUAUCCAUAUCAGGAGCAAAAUUCAGAGAUCCAAAAAUAUGUGACAUUGCAUACAAAGACACUAUCAAGGCCAAAUCUGUCCACUUCAUAGGAGCUAAAGAUUGGUUGAAACUGCCUUCCGAGGAUCUUGCUUCCGAAUUCGACAACCCACUCAUCAUCAGGCACCCACAGGGGCAUAUGGUCCCAAGGCUAGAUGAAGCAGCCACCGAGCAGUUACGUGGUUGGACUGCAGCUAUCAUCCAAUGCAAUGGUACUAUUUCAGAUGGUAAGCAUGAACUGGAGAAUGGAGAUGCCAACGAAAAACAUAACGGCACAGAUCUCAUUCAAUGCGAUAACGCUAAGUUAGACAGUAAGCAUGAACUGGACAAUGGAGAAGCCAAACAAAAACACAAUGGCGCAGAUCUCAUUCAAUGCGAUAACGCUAAGUUAGAUAGCAAGCAUGAACUGGAGAAUGGAGAAGCGAAAGAAAACUUUGGCGCAGAUCCAGUAGUUUCAGCAAUGAAGAACCAAAGCCAAGAGACAAGAACUGCAGGUGAAAUAAAAACAAAUGAGAGGGAAGUGUAGGUUGUGGUGGCAACCCGAGCAUGAUGAAGAAAAUAAAGAUGUUUGUUCCUUAACCUGUUCAUUUGAAUGUAUGAUCCACAUUGACAAGUUGUCAGUGGAGGUAAUUUAUCCGUAGUCAGUAUAUUAUGUCUCGUGUUUCUUUUUUCGAGUCACAUGGAUGGAGUUGCACCUUUUAUGGAAUGGAAAUCUGUAUUGUUAAUGUAAUAUAAUUGUCUCUCUUAUUUGCUUAGUGUGAAACGCUAAGGGCCGGAGAUUUCAAAUUUC